GUAGAGAGAAUGGCGUUCCUGUGUGCUACGUGACGGGGUUACCUGGGGAAUAUCACUUGAUCAGUGUGUUAUUACCUCACCGAUACACCGGGAGAGUUGAUUGUAAAAAAAGAAGAUGAGAAUGGGGUCUCGCAUCAAGGACAGUCCUGAGACAACUUUUGAGGUGUAUGUGGAAGUGGUGCAUUCUGGGCUAGUGGGUGCAGGGCCAGAGGUGAGAAGAGUUUUCCCUGAUGGCUAUGCUGACCAGGAAACUCUGCAGACUGUGCCUAAGUUUUGUUUUCCUUUCAGUGUGGACAGUCUGGCAGUAGGGCAGGUGGGACAGAACUUCACUUUUGUUCUGACUGAUAUUGACAGUAAGCAGCGCUUCGGCUUUUGCCGCCUCUCAUCUGGAGCUCAGAGUUGCUACUGCAUCCUCAGUUAUCUACCUUGGUUUGAAGUCUUCUACAAAUUGCUGAACGUGCUGGCUGACUACACCAUUAAAGGACAGGAGACUCGGUGGAGGGAGUUGUUAGAAUCUCUCCACGCAUUACACAUACCUGACCCUGGGGUCCCUGUACACCUAAGUGUGCAUGCCUAUUUCUCCGUGCCUGAUCUAAGGCAGUUGCCGAGUAUUCCUGAAAAUAGGAACCUGACAGAGUAUUUUGUAGCGGUGGAUGUGAAUAACAUGCUUCAUCUUUAUGCAAGCAUGUUAUAUGAGCGAAGAGUCCUCAUCAGCUCCAGCAAACUGAGCACUUUAACAGCUUGUGUCCAUGGUGCGGCAGCCAUGCUCUAUCCAAUGUACUGGCAGCAUGUUUACAUUCCAGUGCUGCCACAACACCUGAUAGACUACUGCUGCGCUCCUAUGCCGUACCUCAUAGGAAUCCACUCAAGCCUGAUGGAGAAGGUUCGGGGUAUGGCUCUUGAUGAUGUUGUCAUUCUAAAUGUGGACACCAACACACUGGAGACACCAUUUGAUGACCUACAGAGCCUUCCUAAUGAUGUGGUGUCAUCUCUCAAGAAUCGACUGAAAAAGGUUUCCACAACAACAGGGGAUGGGGUAGCAAGAGCUUUCCUAAAAGCUCAGGCAGCUCUGUUUGGCAGCUAUAGGAGUGCUCUAUGCAUAGAACCGGAGGAGCCAAUUACAUUCAAUGAAGAUGCAUUCAUCACACACAGAUCAAGUACUAUGAGACAGUUUCUACAGAAUGCUAUCCAGCUUCAGCUUUUUAAACAGUUUAUAGAUGGACGUCUGGAGUUGCUGAAUUCUGGGGAAGGCUUCAGUGAUGUCUUUGAAGAAGAGAUUAAUAUGGGAGAAUAUGCUGGUAGUGAUAAAGUGUACUAUCAGUGGCUUCUCACAGUAAAGAAGGGUGGUGGAGCCAUCUUUAAUACAGUGAAGACGAAAGCAAAUCCUGCAAUGAAAACAGUCUACAAAUUUGCCAAAGAUCAUGCCAAGAUGGGCAUCAAAGAAGUGAAGAGUCGUCUUAAACAGAAGGAGUUGACAGAGAAUGGUUACCCCAGUAGCAGAGAUGAGUCUGGCUCAGCCCAUGUAGCCUCUACACACAGCAAGGACAUGCUAACCUGGGAACAGAGACAACCAAUCACAGUGCACUUUGGACAGCAGUCGGAACGAGGUCCCCCCCCUCGGCCAACCGCUCCCCAACGGCCCCCUCCCCCCAUUCUCUCCAAACUACAUCGCAGCACUCAGCCAGCUCGCCCCCCUCGGCCACUAGUGUCAAAGAGGCCACGCAGCAAUGUGGGAUUGGAGGGCAGUCCUGAACACUAUAUGCGCCCUACACGUCACUACACUGUGUUUCUGUGUGAGGACUCCUCUGGUGAUGAGCUCUCGCAGGAUGACGAGUCUGUCUCCACUUUUCCUGACCACUUCCUGCUGUCCACCCCUUUCGAAUGGCCUCAGCCAUACAGGUCUCUGAAGGAGGCUGAAUUUGUAGAGGGAGAAGCGGUGGCAAGGUGUUUCCAGGGUAACACAGCCCCACCUAGCCCUGUACAAGACAAGUUCUCUGAGCUGAGUUUGUUGGAAGGUUCUUUCAACAGCCAGCAGAUGGAGCCCACACAUUCCUUACAUACCAAAACCAACACACACACCCCGCUCAGCACAGCACGAAGCCUAGAGGAGCUACGCUUAGUCUGUGAGCAAGAGGAGCAGCAUACAAGUGUCAGCUACCAGUUUAGUGGUGAUGAACGCAUUUGGACUCUCCCAGCUCUGAAACACUCCAGCUACAAUAAGCUGCGGAAGGGGCCAGAUACAGAGUCUCCUCGUUGGGAUAGGCCACUGUCUGUGCCACCCCUGGAGCCUCCAGAGACUCAGCCACCCAGCCAAGAGAGCUCUGCACCCAGCGCAGAGGGGAGCAUUACAAUUCCUCGCCCUCAGGGCCGCAAAACACCAGAACCAGGAGCAGUACUUUCGCCAGCAGUGACCCUGCUGCAAGGGCUGAGGCAGGGUGAGAAGGAGGUGAGCAUGAGUGUUGGGGGGAAGGAAUUCCGGCAGGCACUUAACAUGUCCCCUCUGCCACAGCCUCACCCACCCAACAUGGGGACAGAUCCUGACCUUCUCAGUUUGCUGGACCCUCUGAGUAGAGCAGAAGAGCCCUCUAAACCACCCCUGCCCCUGCAGCCUGCCUUGCAUCCAUUCCACCCCCAACUCUCCCUCAAUCCCUUCACACCACCCUCCCACUAUCCCCUUCAGAGACAAUACAGCCCUGUUGCUCCAGGCAACCCCUUCAGCUCCAACUAUACGCCCCCCCACAUUCAUGCUUACUUUCAGAGCCCACACCCUUCCCCACCACUCUCAGUGUUUGGUUACCCUUCCCCUACAGGUGGAACCCAGAUCAGUGGGCCGUGGCCAGUCAACAGAGCCCUACUGACCUCCAGCAGCAGUAUCUCUCUGUCUAGCCUAUUAGACUCCCCAGCCCCAUCAUCCCUAACCCAGGCUUUGCCCCCCACCCACCCUGCAGAUUCAACCAGUGACCCCUUCAGUGACCUUCUUACCAUGGCAACAACGCCCAUUGUUACAGCAACACCCCCUAAAAAAAAGGUGGAGGACUUGCGCAGGAGAUGGGAGACUUUUGACUAGCUCCAUCCAUGUGGUAUCUAUUGCCAUCUAUUGUCAAUGAAGGACAGCCCUUGUCUAAUGACCAACCAAGAACAAAUUGAUUUUUGAAAGGACUGUGCUCUUUGCUGGCCUGGAAGAUUUGCUACUUGUGUGUAUAUGUGUGUAGGGCAUAAACUAAUGCUCCAUCUGCAUUCACGUUUUCUCUGAGGAUGACUUGAUCGUCAGCAAAAUCCGGCCAUUGAUUGGCCGUACAUCCCAUAUAGUGCAAUGGUGAAGGGUAAAAGUUCAUGUACGAGGUACUGUGUUGGCAUUUAUCUCUGUGUUGGCAUAUCUGAGACUACCAGUUCCCAUAUUAACCACACUAAUGAUGUAGCCAAUUUGGUGUGAAACUCCCAGUCUUCUAUCAUUGCCACUUUAGAAGCAGAAAAAACUUUGUAGAGCUAUGUAGGAUUUAGAAUUAGAAGACUGCAUUGUCCACCUGGUAAACUCCACCAUCAGCAUGUUUAGCUCUUACACAGUAAUGGAUUCCUUGGAAGUCUUUUUUUUUUUUUUUUUCUUUUUUUUUUUUUUCUUUUCCCCCACCCCUAUCUCAACCUAUAACCCUUGAUUUCACUAUUAAAUCCAAACUAUCAGUUCUAUAUUCAGAGUGCACAGGACAAUAAGUACAUUACACAAAGUGUGCUGUAUCCACUGUUCACACUACUGUACACAUGAAGUUCAACCCACUACAGUCUAGAUAUCUGAAACCAUAACCUGAUUCUGAAAAUUUAUCUACUCAUUGUUAAGCGUUUACUGACAAUUUUCCUUGGACAGUUUCACUGUCUUUGUCCUGCUCAGGCAAACUGAACUUAUACUUUGGCUGGCUGAAGUAAACUGGGUUCAGGAGAUUAACCCAACAACUAACCCCUAACCCAAGUUAACCUAGAGUCAGCUGGCUGGCUAUCCAUGACUUCUGCUUGUAGCUUUCCUGUUGUAUGAGUGUGGUGUGAGCUGGGGUAAGAAUUCCAAAGUAUCAGUGUGAUGACUGGUGAAUGUUAGUGGGGUUGUCCUUGGUGAAAAGAGCAUCGAAAGCUGGAAUUCAAUUAAAACUUUGAAGGAUCAAGCAGUCAGUUCAGUUCAGUCAGAGGGUUCUUGAUAAGAACUACAUAAAUUUAGAGUGCUGUGAAGUAAAGGAACCUGCUUCUUAUAUUCUGGUGUUAGUGAUGGAACACUAACUGGGUAAAUCAGACUUUAUUCAAAAUGGGAGUUUAAAUGAUGUGGAGUAUUAUAUAAACAGUGGUCUUAGAUCCCUGUAGCAGUCCAAAGAGAUGUUGUAGAUUAAAAUAUUCUGUGUGGCAUGUUGAUCUUUUCCAGCCCAAAUGUUCCUGAUGACUUAAUCUGAGUGUGUGGUUGUGUGUCCUCCACUGAUGGCUCAGUAGAUGACCUGGAUGGCUAUAUAGCGCAGAUAGAAUAGUAAUAGUCGUCAUUGCAUUUUUUUAAGAGUCUCAGCAUAAAUUUCAGCCAGUCCAAUGUUAACCAGCAAAGAUUAAUAUUUUGCAUUAAACCAGAACAUUUUGUUCCUGACUCUGCAGUUACUUGCGCUCCCUGACUAUUCUUCACCACUCCAGUCAGGAUUCAGCAGUGACAUGAGCAGGGACUAAUGAAAGCAGCUGUUACACUUCAUCAGUCAAAUAUCACAUCCCUUGACUGAUAUCAAUAUAAAUUAAAUGAAAAACCAGAGGACUGUUUUUUUGUUUUUUGUUUUUUUGUUUUUUAGAACAAGAAAUAUGUUGUGUGUUAGAGACUAAGGCCACUGUAGCCUUAGGAUUUUAUUUUGUCUGAGGAGUCUUAAUGAGAGUCAUAUUACCAUUUAUUGGCUCCCACCAAACUCACUAUUGUAAGAUCACUGGUGACGGUGCCUUAAUGGCCUCUUGCUGAGUACAUGCCUGCACUUUGUUCAGAGACUGCAGAGCUCUUUUCCUCAAUAAACAAAUUUGAAUGCAGGUCUUUUUUCUUAAUUGUAUGUGUGUAAAUCAGUAUAGAUAUUAUCAAAUGUAGCUACCCACACUGACUAAAGCAGGAUUAGGAUCUAAGACUAGAAUUAGGGUAAUGGUGAAUAAGACACAAAUGCAGAUUAAAGAUUCAAAAUAGGAAAAGGUGUUGUCUGAAACAUCCUAGUUUUCUGUGUGUGUGUGUGUGUAUAU